AUGGUUGAAAAGGAUCAAUUGCUCACCAUUCUCUCAAAAACUUCAUUCUUUCUGAAUCAAAAUGACUUACUCAGUUUAGCACAAACUUCUAGAAAGUUACAUGAUAGUUUGGCAAUUGAAAAGCUAUACCACAAUAUUACUGUAACUAGAGAUCCUGUCCGUCGCUCAGAUUUUUGGUUUAUCGAUUGCGGUAGGAGCUAUCUAAGUGGCUAUAGGGCUCUCAAGAAAAGUGCCGAUCAGAACGAUCUUUUUCUCUACGACAGGAUCGAAAGGCUCCUGGAAUCUCGACAUUUGCGUCACCUUCGCCAACUGGUUAUUCAGGAUUCUGUCUUUCAGGACCGCAAAACUGGAGAUCCGCUACUGCGACAACUGCUUGACAAGGUCAUUGAUCUGGAUCAGGUUGAGCUGCUUGAUAUUAGAGAUCCGCUGCUGUUCCAUGAGUAUAAAGCAAAAAUUUUAAAUCUGAGCAACCUGAAAAGUAUCAGACUUAUCGAUAUUGCGUCUAUUGAGAGGACGAAAUCGCUGGCUGGCCUGACUUCAAUAGAAUGGGCUUUACAAUAUCCUUCAAUGCCUGAUAAGCCUUUGCCCUCGCAUGUGGUUGAGUUUUUGUCAAAUAAGCUCGCGAAAGCUGAAUUGAUGUUUGAUAAUGCGGAAACUUCAAGUUUACUGCUCAUUUCUUACCUGCAUUCGCAAGGAGUGAAGUGCAGUUCUUUAAAGUCAUUGAAGCUGAAUCACGUACAUGGAAAAAACUCGCAUGAUAGACACUUGCACCAGAUAGAGUUUGGACAUCUGGAAGAAAUGGUGAACUUGCAAACCUUGCAGAAGUUGGAACUAGGUCUAUCCUGUGAAAAUGUUGGCUGUGGAUGUGUCGAUGAUUUUCUUCAGGAUCUUGCACCACGGCUGCAGUCACUGAAGGAGUUAGCCCUGAUUGAGAAGUCAACUGCCGUUUCGACCGACCAUCAGGCGAAAGAAGACUGGGACAUUAUGAUCAACAAAUUUCUUCUUCACAUACCGGAUGUCGGAGCAAACCUGCGGAAACUGAGUAUCAGACACCAGACACCAUUGAAUGGACUUUCAGAUGACAGUGUUCAUGGCAAUUAUUUCCGCAGAAGAACUCUGUAUGAGACUGUAUUGCCCAAGUUGAAAUCGUUACAAACCCUUAUUGCGCCUACGAUGCUACAGUCUUUGAGUGCAUACGAAGUCCUCGUCUGCGACUUGCUCUGGAAUGGUUGUCAGUGUGACUACUGCGGUAAAGUUUUACCCAUUUUCGACCAGUAUAUAAUGAAUCACCAAUAUUACUCCAAGGAAAGCGGAAGAUACAUGGAUGUUAUACCAACUGUCUUCUUUGCCUAUGCCGGAGAUUUUCUGACUCACAACUCUAUGGAUCUAGUUGAGUGGGACUUGGAGGCUUUCAACUGCUGUCUCUUUUACCGUGCUUGGGACUUACAUGGUUAUGAGGCCCUACACCACUUCGAGAACUAUGAUUGCUUGUUCGACGAGUCAACCUUUCAUCCUCUGUCGGUGGUGAUUACCCAUUUCUUCGACAGUUACAUGGACUCAUUGGUGCAAAUACUACCAAGCUUGAGGACUGCACUGCUCUCUGGUAUCUACUAUGCUGUUGAUAACGAAUCGCACAGCUAUGAAUCGGUUUAUUCAUGA